AUGUCCUCUUGUAACAACUCCAUUCCUCAGCCACUAGUAUUUGUAUUGGCUGGGAUUCCAGGAUUGGAAUCUUAUCAUCAUUGGUUCUCCCUGCCUUUCUUCUUAGUCUUCAUCAUUGCUGUUAUUGGCAACAUCACUAUUAUACUCAUUAUCCAUGUAGAAAAAAGUCUUCAUGAGCCCAUGUUCCUCCUGCUGGCCAUGUUGUCAACUGUUGAUUUGUCCUUAGUUAGUGCAACUGUGCCUCGCAUGUUAGGCAUCUUCUGGCUGGAUGCUAAAGAGAUCAAUAUUAAGGGAUGCCUUACUCAGAUGUUUUUCAUCCCAUCUUUCUAUGUUAUGGAAUCUGGUAUUCUUUUGGCUAUGGCUUUUGAUCGCUUUGUAGCCAUCUGCAAUCCAUUGAGAUAUACCACUAUUCUAGCCAAUAAUACAUUGGUAAAAAUGGGAAUGGCAAUCAUAGCAAGGACUAUGGCCGUGCUUAUUCCAGCCCCUAUUUUAGCAAACACAUUGACCAGCUUCAGAACUAACAUCAUUCCCUAUUCCUAUUGUGCCUACAUGGCUAUGGUACAGAUUGCUUGUGGGGAUGUCUCUAAUCAUAUUGUCUAUGGCCUCAUGGUCAUUGUAACUUCGAUUGGUGUUGAUUUAUUCUUUAUCAGUCUUUCUUAUGGAAUGAUUCUUCGAGCUGUUUUCCAGAUCCCCUCCUGGGAAGCACGACACAAGGCCCUGAGUACAUGUGGCUCCCAUCUCUGUGUCAUUGCCCUAUUUUAUUCACCUGUUGUAUUCUCAGUUUUAGCUCAGACAUUUGGAUACCAAAUGCCUUCCCACAUCCAGAUUAUUGUAGACAACCUGUACUUCCUUGUUCCUCCCAUGAUCAACCCUUUGAUCUAUGGAGCCAGAACAAAGCAGAUUAGGGAACGUAUCCUUCAACUCUUACAUUACCACCCAAAAUAA